AUGAAGGCAGCGUCUAUUCUGUCUCUGGCAGGUCUGCUGUCAUCAGUCAAUGCCCAUGGAUACCUGACCAUCCCUUCAAGUCGUACUCGGCUUGGAUUCGAGGCUGGCGUUGAUACCUGCCCUGAAUGCUCCAUCCUUGAACCAGUCGCCGCCUGGCCCGACCUGGAAGGACCCCAAGUUGGCCGGAGUGGACCAUGUGGUUACAAUGCCCGAGUUAGUGUUGACUAUAACCAGCCUGGCGCUGACUGGGGCAACUCUGUCGUCGCCACAUAUACUGCAGACCAGGUCGUCGAAGUGCAAUGGUGUGUUGACAAUAACGGUGACCAUGGCGGCAUGUUUACCUACGGUAUCUGCCAGAACCAGACGCUAGUUGACUUGUUCCUCGAUCCCAAUUAUCUUCCAACCAAUGCCGAGAAACAAGCUGCUGAAGACUGUUUCUUGGAGGGCGAAUUAAAAUGUACAGAUGUCCCUGGACAGACCUGUAGCUAUAGUCCGGACUGCACUGCUGAUCAACCAUGCUGGCGCAAUGACUGGUUCACUUGCAAUGCUUUCAAUGCCGACAGCCGACGUGGCUGCCAGGGCGUGGACGGUGCUCCAUUAAACUCCUGCAAGACAACUAUCGCCGGUGGCUACACCGUCACGAAGAAAAUCAAAAUCCCAGACUAUGACUCGGCCCACACUCUGCUGCGCUUCCGGUGGAACUCUUUCCAGACGGCCCAGGUCUAUCUUGGCUGUGCCGAUAUUUCCAUUGCGGGGUCGGGGUCAGGAUCGAGUUCGACCACCUCUAUGACUUCUACGACGAGUAAGACGAGCAGCACCACAACCUCGACAGCAGCAACUACAUCAUGUGCUGUCACUGCCACCACCGUCCCGGUGACUUUCAAAGAGCUGGUGACCACGGCAUAUGGUCAGAAUAUCUUCCUCACUGGGUCAAUCAGCCAGUUGGGCUCCUGGUCUACCUCGUCGGCGAUCGCUCUGUCCGCGGACUCAUACACGUCGUCGAACCCAUUGUGGACCGCCAGUAUUGAUCUCCCCGCUGGUACCACUUUCGAGUACAAGUUCUUCAAGAAAGCGUCGGAUGGUAGUAUUACUUGGGAAAGUGAUCCUAACCGGAGCUAUACUGUACCAACAGGCUGUUCUGGAACUACCGGUACUGCAAGUGGAACCUGGCGGUAG